CAGACAUGCCUGGAAGAAAACCUCUUGUUACAGUAGGAGCUGGCCACUGACAGAGGCUCCAUCCACGCCGACUGAUGCUCAGCACCCCCUGAUUACGCGUUUAUAUUUUGCAGGUUUUACGCGCACACAAAAUGAGAGCCUUUAUUUCGACGGUGGCAGUGCUGUGGGUGAUAACAAUACCCUGCACGGAAGCCAUCCACGGAUUGUACAACUUUGGCCAGCAUGAAUUAUUCUACAAAAAGAAUAACUGCAAGCCAAUUCCUGCCAAUCUGCUGCUGUGCCACGAUAUAGAGUACACAGAAAUGCGCCUCCCGAACCUGCUCGGACACGAAACCAUGAAUGAGGUUCUGCAGCAAGCUUCGUCUUGGAUCCCGCUGGUUCAGAAGCAGUGUCACCCCGACACAAGAAAGUUCCUCUGCUCCCUUUUCGCUCCCGUCUGUCUGGACGAUUUGGACGAGCCCAUCCAGCCGUGCAGGUCCCUGUGCGAAAGCGUCAAGCACGGCUGCGCACCCGUGAUGUCCGCGUUCGGCUUUCCCUGGCCAAAGAUGUUGGACUGCGACCGUUUCCCACUCGACAACGACCUGUGCAUACCACCUGCAGGCAUCGAGAACUUUGCACCAGUCACUAAAGAGGUGCCCAGAGUGUGCGACGCUUGCAAGGAAACAGAUGAAAAUGACAACGAAAUUGUUGACAACCUGUGUAAGAAUGACUUUGCUCUGAAGAUCAAAGUAAAGGAGAUCUCCUACAUCAACGGUGACACCAAGAUAGUGCCGGAGACCAAGAGCAAGACCAUUUACAAGCUGAACGGCGUGACGGAGCGUGACCUGAGGAAGACGGUGCUGUGGCUGAAGGACGGCCUGCAGUGCAUCUGCGAGGAGAUGAACGACAUCAAUGCUGCCUACCUGGUCAUGGGCCAGAAGAUGGACGGCCAUCUGGUCAUCACCUCGCUGAAGCGCUGGCAGAAGGGACAGCGGGAGUUUAAGAGGAUUUCCCGCAGCAUCCGCAAGCUGCAGUGCUAGGAAGGCAAAGAGAAACUGCAUGUGUCACUGUUGAAGAAGAAAGUUUAGCUGAGCUCUUUCCAAUUAUCCCUUUCCAGUUGUCAAACAAGUUGCAAUGAUGGUUCAUAAUUCCUCUCUAGAUUCCAGAAAAUAUGUUUCUUUGGCCUCUGUUUCCCUUUGGUUUAUGGAUAACAAUGCACAAUAUCUUAAAGUAUAGGCAGCAUAUUAUAUAUUUGGGGCAGGCUAAUGCAUUUAUUUGACUACAAUAAUAACGCUCAUGGAUUUUCAUGUUCUGAAAGGUGCUAUGCCCCAAUACACUCAAGCUACAUUCAUCAAUAAGGCCACAACAUUUCUAAAAGCACGUUUUUAAGUAGCUACACUACACAGCUUGUCUAUGUCUUCUGAGCAGAGCACACAUUUAUAUCUUUAUAUCUAGGAAGAAAAAAAACUAUUAUAGCAGUGUGAGAUUUUGUGAAGUUCAUCCUUUGACUCCCAGUUAUUUUGCACUUAGUGGGCACUGGGCGCCCCCGAGUGGUCAGUUUUAAGGUGGCGCACGUCUUUGCUGUCACCUCAUUAAUUGCAUUUAAUUGCACUCAGCUGGCGUCCCUGGUGCGAGGGAAUCACUAAUUGCAUGGUUUGAGUGAAACCUAGCAGAGCUUUGGAUCCAGGAUUAAAAAUGACUGACUCUUAAAAAUCAUUGACAGAUGUGGCCUACUGUUAAAUCCUGCAGUGGGGGUGAGUUUAAGACAUUUUCCCUUUGGUAUUCCCUAUAGGAUCUUUUUCUUCUGUGAUCUGCAUCAUAACUUACAAAGGAAACGUUUUUUUUAAAAUGGGGCACUCAUCAAACAAUGUUAAAUCAUCAGCAGUUGUUUGUUUAGGACUAUUCAGAACUCUAAUGAGCAAAUUACACCACAUGACUGCUGGAGAUAGGACUCCAUGAUUAAAGUACUCAAGUUAAAUAAAAAGAUUCCUGGUAAGAUAUUUUGAGUUUAAGUACUAAAUAAGGUAAUUUCCAUCCAUUUAAAAACAUUUCUGUGCUACAGAAACCGUUUCAAACAAGGAUUCAUAUUGUGUGGUGCACAUUGAGUGACGCUGUGAUCCCCAUGUGCGUAGUGUGACGUUCAAAGACAAAAUAAUGUUUGUGUUUUUGUAUUUCUUCCGUUUUCUCAAGCAAAAAUGAGAGAUAGCUGGCUAUAUUCUCUUCCUGUUCAACAUUUUAAUAUUCUUGGUAAUCUUUUUGUACUUGAGCCAAUGCAUACUUUUCUACCACAGUAUGAUUAAAAACUAAUAUUUUUCUACUGCAGACUUUCAUAUUUCAUUUAGACUUUUAUGUCAAGUUCUGGUUUGCAUCUUCAUCCUGUCGUUUGAUGAGUAACACAAGUUGUUUUAGGUAUUAUCGAUGAAUAUCUGAGUUUUGGUUGGUAGUGUUGAUUUGAUGAGCAGUAACCUGUUAAACACAAAUAAUCGCGCGUGUGAGUGAAUGCAAUGUAAAAAGUAUUUUUGAAAGUAUUACUGUGUAAAUAUCAAAUACUGCCUUUUAUUCUUGUAUAAAGUUUUCAGCUAUUAAAAGCUGCCAACAACA